AUGGGUGCCAAACUUCACAACUUGCGCGUGGCGGUUUGGGGAGAGGCCCCAGAAACACCCGAGGAACGCAAGCUCUUGCGGAAGAUUGAUGCGUCCAUUCUGACGUACUGCUGCGUUGCGUUCUUCUUCAACUACCUUGCUUUACUUGAAGAUCGUGCUGUUCUCGGCAACGCAUACGUAUCCGGGAUGAAGGAGGAUAUCAACAUUACGGGCAACCAGUACAACCUCUUGGUCACUUGUCUUGCAGUUGGCUACAUCGUCGGGCAAGUCCCACAUGGACUGGUCAUUCAGAAAGUCGCUCCUCGGAUUUGGUUCCCACUCAUGACUUUGCUCUGGGCUGGUCUUACCAUGGUCUGCGCUGCUUGCAACUCGUUCUCCCAUCUUGCCGCUGUUCGCUUCUUCCAAGGAAUGAUCGAGGCAUCGACAUACAGUGGCACUCAGUACAUCAUCGGUAGUUGGUAUAAAGGCCCCGAGGUCGGUAAAAGAAUUGGACUCUUCCAGGCGUCCGGCAUGGUGGGGACAAUGUUUGCUGGUAUUAUGAUGACAGCCAUCUGGAAAACGAUGAACGGUGUCGCUGGACUCCCGGGUUGGCGAUGGUCCUUCAUUAUCGAUGGCAUCAUCACGAUCCCUGUAGCUAUCUUCGGGUUCAUCUUCUUCCCAGACCUUCCCGAGACGACAACUGCCUUCUUCUUAAAGCCGCACGAGCGCGAACUUGCUCUGAGCCGCUUGCCACCCAAGAACCCCGACGGCCACAAGAUCGGAUUCUCAUUGAUUAAGCGCGUCUUGUUCACUCCCAACUUCUGGAUCUUCAACGUCUUCUGGAUGCUUGGUGGCGCCCUCGAAGCCUUCUCCACCCAGACCUGCAUGCUCCUCUGGAUGAGGGCGUCGGGCGAGUUUACGGUGCCCCAGAACAACAACUAUCCGCUCGGCAUCACCGCCAUCGGAAUAGUUCUCACGCUCGUAACAUCAGUCGCUAUCGAUGCCACCAAGGUGCAUGGCCCAUAUGGGCUGUUCGCUUGCCUGGUUCAGCUCAUUGCUUGCAUCAUUCUUCUCAACUGGAACGUGGUUGGCACUGGGGCCAAGAUGGCUGCUUACUACCUUGCUGGAACCGCUUACCUGAUCCAGCCUGUCGUUUUUGUCUGGGCCAGCGAACUGCUAUCGCGUGGCGGUGAUGAUGCCGCUCGGGCAGUUACUCUCUAUGCCAUGAAUGGAGCGUCAUCCGUUCUUUACGCUUUCUGGGGUAUUGCUCUCUACCCUGCCACCGACGCCAAAACAGGUUUCCACAAAGGAACUAUCACCAUGGUUGUGGUUGUUGUCAGCCUUGCUCUCUGGAUCGGCGUGGUCUGGUGGCAAGACAAGCGAACCGCCAACGUACACGUACCUCAGCCGGAGCUCGAGAGUAAGCUUGACGGAGAAGAGGUCGUGACUAGUGAAAGGGUGACUGAAGUGAAGACCCAACAGUGA